AUGGCGGCGUCGAGAGGAGCGGCGGCGGCGGCUCUGGUGGUGCUGCUCGCCGUAGUCAACUGCUGCUUUGUGCUCUUAGCGUCGGCGGCGCACUACACCAACUGCCCUUCGCCGCCUCCACCGCCAUGCCCUCCGGCCCCAAGCAGCGGCGGCGGCAGGGUGGGGUGCCCCCGGGACGCGCUGAAGCUGGGCGUGUGCGCCAGCGUGCUGGGCCUCAUCAAGGCCAAGGUGGGGCUGCCGCCCACGGAGCCCUGCUGCCCGCUGCUGGACGGCCUCGUCGACCUGGAGGCCGCCGUCUGCCUCUGCACCGCCAUCAAGGGCAACGUCCUGGGCAUCCACCUCAACCUCCCCAUCGACCUCGCCCUCGUCCUCAACCACUGCGGCAAGAGAUCAUGA